GCGGCCGUAGGAGCCCUGGCAGGAACAUUACUGCAGUGAGAGGCCGGCUGGGCGGCGGUGCUGAGUGGGGUGGUGUUGGAGCAGGAGAGGAUGCUGCCCAUCCUGCUGGAUCUGUUAGACACCAACAGUGCCUCGGAGCUGAGGCCUCUGACCGGCCUGCUAAGGAACCUGGCCCGACACUCCACCAACAAAGACCAUAUCGCUAAAAACACGGUGAACAUUCUGGUGACCAAGCUGCCCAGUGACGGCCUUCAGAAAACACCCUGCAGCGAGGUGGUAGUCAACAUCUGUGGAGCCCUCAAUCACCUGGUCACCUGCAGCUCCUUGGCAGCCCGGGACGUCUCAUACUUCAACGGCCUGCCGAAACUGAUUGGAAUCAAGACAUCCCAUGAUAACAGCUCUGGGGGUCUAAAAGCUGCCAGAGCAGCAUCAACUGUCCUCUGCAACAUGUUCCAGUACAGCAAACUGCACAGAGACUACAAGCUGAAAGGCUUUGCUGCUUGUCGCUUGUUUUUACAGUAA